UUUUAUAUGUGUAUGAUGUGUGAUAGUAUAGCAAUAUUAUAAAAUAUUCGGAUAUGUUUAAAUAAAAUAAAGUGUGUUUUUGGAAUAGAAAAAAGGCACGGUGAAAAAUUAAGUGAAUGUAUAAAUAUACAUGAGCAACAAGUGUCCGUAAAAAAUAUUAAUGGAUUAAGAGAGAAUUAAAAUGAGAGUAACAAGAAAAGAAAAAAUGGACUACAAGGAUCAUGAGGAAGAACCCUCGACUAUCACAGAUCCCCAUACUGUGCCUUUAGGCGAAUUAUUGGUGCACACGUCGAUGCCGGCAGCUGCAGUUGCGGUAAAAUUAUGCAGUGAAGAUUCUGCAGAGGAGAUAGGUGAAACCGUCAAUCAAAAGAGAGGAGAUAUCUUAAGCACAUUUAAAAGAAGAACCUUCAAUAGAAUCAGCUUUAAGGGAGAAUCAGGCCCUCUGUUGAACAGGUAUCGCCAAACCAAAUUUAGCACCAGAAGAGUUCGCAAAAGAGUUGUUUUUAAACAUGGUGACUGUAAUGUCGUUCAAGGAAAUGUCGCCAAACGACGUCGGCGAUAUCUUCAGGACAUUUUCACAACAUUGGUUGAUGCACAAUGGCGAUGGACGCUCUUGGUGUUCUCUAUGAACUUUUUGUUAUCUUGGCUAGGGUUCGCGCUUAUAUGGUGGCUGAUCGCGUAUAGCCAUGGCGAUCUUGACCCUCAGAAUUAUAAUAAUCAGACUUUCACCCCCUGCGUCGUGGAUAUACGUAACUUCGCGAGCUGCUUCCUGUUCUCCGUCGAAACGCAACACACAAUCGGAUAUGGGGCGAAGCAUACGACGGACGAAUGCCCAGAGGCAAUUUUCACAUUAUGUAUUCAAUCGAUGACUGGAGUGAUCCUGCAAGCGUUCAUGGUUGGCAUCGUCUUCGCCAAACUGUCACGUCCUAAAAAGCGCACGCAGACCCUACUCUUUUCGCGUAAUGCUGUCAUUUGCCAACGAGACGGUCAGCUCUGCCUUAUGUUUCGCGUCGGUGAUAUGCGCAAGAGCCAUAUCAUCGAGGCUCACGUGCGUGCUCAGAUGAUCAAAAGAAAGGUUACUAAGGAAGGUGAAUUGCUGCCAUUUUUCCAGACGGAACUAAAAGUGGGAGACGAUGGAGAGGAGGAUAAGAUUUUCUUCAUCUGGCCUACAACGAUCGUUCAUAAAAUCGACCGGUACUCGCCACUGUACAAGGUAUCGGCCAGCGAUAUGUUGCGAGAACGAUUCGAAAUUGUCGUGAUAUUAGAAGGAGUAAUUGAAUCCACCGGCAUGACAACGCAAGCGAGAAGCUCGUACUUGCCGUCGGAGAUUUUAUGGGGUCACCGAUUCCAGCCGAUCAUUACCUUCCGCAAGGAGACUGGUGAAUAUGAAGUAAAUUAUUCUCUUUUCAACAACACUUACGAGGUGGAUACCCCACUUUGCUCUGCCGCUGACCUCGAUCGCAUUCGGGCGAUGCAUCGCUCAAAAACUGAACGUCUUAGCUCAAAUACAUUUCCGGAAUAUCGCGAAACUUAUAGUAGCAGUUCCUUAACGAUGUCUUCUGCGUCAAGUCUGAGAUCUUCAACUGGCGAGUUACAUAUGCAAAUGCCAAUGAUGAUGUCAACGACUCCUCUAAAUCCGAUACCGGUGAUAAUCACUAGAUCAGAAGAUUCUGUCAGACAAGAUAGCAUCAAUAUGCAUCCUGACAUAUCACUGUCGUCUUCUUCGGUACAAAAUGAGGUGACAACGGAGGAACAUCAUGAUAUCAAGACUUCAAAAGAUCAAGAGGAUUACGAUCGUGCUUUGGAGAAUAUUAAUGCAUCCUUAAAGAAAAGCAGGAAUGAGAAGGAAGAUAGAAAUGGAUUAAAGACAAAGUUAUAUUUGAGAAGAAACGAAGAAGUGAGAUCGAAAUCUAAAUCUGUUGUAAAGGAAGGUCAAGAAAGCGAUUUAAAGAGCUCACCUUGCAGAAGUAAUUCAGAUAUUAGACAGAGGAAUACUGCAAAUUCUUCAGAGUAUCCCGUUAUGCCUAGAAAGUCCAGUGUGUCCAGCGAUGAUCACAAGAUCAAGGACAUUUCCGAGAAGACAAAUUUUAUUAUCAACGAGGAAGCAUUAAUAACUGAUCCUAAUAAUUCCCAAAAUAUAUCUUUAACCGAGCAAACAUAGUUAGCACAUCAUUCCUUGCUAUGAUAGACCACCGAUGGCCUCUGCUGGAUUUUCUAUUCAGUCGUUUGAUAUUUUAAUUAUAAACACAAGCAUUAUCAUGAAUGUCAUUAUUUAAUAUGUAAUUAUUAUAUGUAUAUAGAGUAAUUAUCAUAUCAUGUAUCGUCAGUGGCCUUCGCGGCGUAGCAACCGGUUUUCACUCACUAUGUCACAUACAGUCAUUAAAUUUUAUUAUUAUUUUGUUUUGUGUUCUAUAUAUUAAAUUAUAUGUUACUUAACCGUUCAUACUUUCACAUUAAUAAAAAUUCGCACGCAUAAUUGUUCCUAGAAAGUAUAAAAUGUAAAUUAAAAGUAAUGCUAUUCUUUAAUAUAUUCUUUAAAGAGUUGGAGUUUGAAUUUCAACAUAUCUUAAAGCAACAUUUUUUACAUUAUUGACAAUAAAGGAGAAGAAGUUUGAAAUAGAUACUGUUAUUACCUCACUUUAUACACGCCGGCGCUUGUGUAUGUCAUAUUUGUAUGCGUAUACAUUGUUACAUAUAUACAGAGUAAACUAAUAAUAACUGUCACUACUUGAAGUAUUUUUCAAAUACAAGCGAACAAAUUUUUUUAGACUGAAGCUAUUGCGUUAGAUAAAUUCAAAGAGACAUUGAGUAGUAGUAUUAUAUGUGUGUGCGUGCGCGCGUGUAUGCGUAUGUGUGUGAGUAAAGAAUAAUAUUUUUAAUUCAAGUAUAUAAA